AUGGCGUCGCUCAGCGAGCUGCUCAAUCCCACGGGGGGCAUGGAGGAGCACGACUACGCGCAGCUCCCGUCCAUGAUCGAGGAGGAGUACGAGGAGGAGUACGACGAUCAGCCGGGCGCCAUGGGACCAGACGGCCACGGCUUUCUCAAGGGCGAGGUCGGCAGCAGCUUGCGCAUACGCAACCUCGACGCGUGGUUCCAGGCGCUCUAUCAGUACUACAAGGAAAAAGGAUUCUACUGCAUCGUCACCAGUAGGGUGGUGAACCUUUUGACGCUGGGGUUCACCAUCUUCCUCUCCGGGUUCAUUCUCCUCUACCUGGACUUUGCCUACCUCAGCGGUCAGUGCGCCGAGGAUGGCGACGAGUGUCACAUCUUGCGCGACGCGACCUUCAGAAACCCGCUGCGUCACCGGUCGUUCCUGUACAACCUCGUGGUCGUGUGCUACUUGAUGCUUUUCUCGCUCUAUUUUCUGUGGUCCUUGGUGAGACUGGCGCACGACUUCAAGCCUCUUCUGGAGAUGCGAGCGUUUUGCAACCGAAAACUGCAGCUGAGCGACAGGGAUAUACAGACAAUAACCUGGCCAGAGGUUGUCGCCAGGGUGGUGCACCUGCAGGCCACUACCCGUCUUUGUAUCGUCAAGGACCUCAACGAGCACGAUAUAGUGGCCAGGAUCUUGCGCAAGGAGAACUACCUGCUCGGCAUGCUCAACAGGGAGGUGAUCGGCUUGAAGCUCAAUAUUCCCUUUUUCCGCAAUCGCGUAUGGCUGACCAAAGCGGUCGAGUGGAACCUCGACUGGGCUAUUUUCAACGGGAUGUUCGACGAUGACUUCUCGAUCCGGCCGUCGUUCUACGACGUCACCGCCCUGAGGCUCCGUAUGAGGUACCUGGCGGUGGUGAACCUGGUGCUAUCGCCGUUCAUUGCCAUAUUUUUGGCAAUGUAUUUCGUCAUGAACAACGCGGAGAGGUUUUACAGGCACCCCGGCGUGGUGGGCCAGCGCGAGUGGAGCACGCACGCGUGGUGGAAAUUGAGGGAGUUUAACGAGCUCAGCCACUUCACGGAACAGCGGCUGGCGGCGGCGUACAAGGGUGCGAACAACUACGUCUCGCAGUUUCCAUCCCCCGUCGUGUCCAUGGUGGCCAAGUUUGUGAGUUACAUCGUGGGAGCGCUCGCGGCUGUGGCGCUCGCGUUGCCACUGCUGCUGGACGAUAAGCUGCUUCACGCGAACGUCAUGUGGGAUAAGGAUAUCCUGUGGGUCACGAUGGUGAGCGCGACUGUGCUGGCGGUGUCUAGGGGUAUGGUGGGCGAGGAGAACAGGGUGUUCAGGCCCAACAGGUACAUGGCCGAGGUUGUGAGGCACACGCACUACCUGCCCAAGAACUGGCGUAACCUCGCGCAUAAACCCGAGGUGCAGGCGGAGUUCGAGGACAUGUUCGCCUUCAAGGCUGGUCUAUUCCUGCAGGAGAUGCUGUCCAUAUUCGCGGUGCCGUUUAUCCUGUGGUACCCAAUGUGCGAGAGCGCUCCGGAUAUCGUCCAAUUCGUACGGCAGUUCACCGUCCACCGCAAGGGUGUCGGCCACAUAUGCAGCCUCUCCGCGUUUGACUUUCGCAGGCACGGCGACGCGCGGUACGGCGCCCCGACCAACGCGCGAAGGGACGCGAGGAGCAAGCAGGGCAAGAUGGAGAAAUCCUUCGUCUCCUUCCACGCGCACUAUCCCACUUGGGAGCCCGACGCGGGGGGGCGGGAGAUGCUCACCUCGUUGGCGGGGUUCAAGAGCGCGCUCUACGCGAACGUCGGCCCGGAGGGCGCCGGCGUGCACAACGCGACUGAGGGUGGCGCUUCCAGGUUUGGCGUCGCUUCGAGGUUCGGAAACGGGAACGGCGGCGGGGGCGGUUCCAAGUUUGCCGCGCCGGGCAGCGCGAGCAUGUUCCUGGGCGACGACGGCGGCGGCGUCGGCGGGAUGGCGCGGUCCGCCGUCGCGCGCGCGGGCGACGACGACGGCGACGCCCCGAGGGAUGAGCGCCAGGAGGAGGAGAACCAGGUGCUGUUGCAGCAGUUUUACGAGUUUCACGGCGGGGACGGAAACGACGAGGGAAACGACGACGGCGGCGCGGCGGCGCGGGCGGCUGACGCUCCGCGGGACGCCACGCCGCCGCGUUCGGCGGUCAAGAGACGCCCCGAUCCCCCCGCGUCGUUCGAGAUGACCGAAAGCGCGUCGUUCACGCCGCCGUCGUCGAUGCCGCGGCUCUCCUCUUCGCUUCCCGGGACGGGACCCGGGACGCCGCCGACGAUCAACGGAACUUCGGGAGCGCCGACGUCGGCGCCGAGCGCGGACACGACGGACAGCGACGAGCUCGACGCCGCAAACUUUGACGACCCGCCGGACCUGUUUCAGCUGGAGAACGGUACCCGCGGGUUCUGA